UUAACCUGGGCCGUACCAACAGUCGGGGGGGGAGACGACUCCGCGACAUUUCUUUCUUCAGAACAAAACUGGGGACCCAUUUCCUCAUUGUCUAUAACAAUGAAAACGAAGGGAAGGUGGAACGCUUCGUUUGUUUUUUUUAAAGGAAAAAGGACAGGCUAAGACGGCGAGGAAACCUCCCUCCAAGGAGGAGGAAGUAGUUCAGUCCCGAAAAUGGCGGCCACCAUGAAGAAAGCGGCAGCAGAAGAUGUCAAUGUUACUUUUGAAGAUCAACAGAAAAUCAACAAGUUUGCAAGAAACACCAGUAGAAUCACAGAAUUAAAGGAAGAAAUUGAGGAUAAAAAGAAACAGCUUCAGAACUUACAAGAUGCAUGUGAUGACAUAAUGAUGCUUGACGAUGACUCGCUAUUGAUACCUUACCAAAUUGGAGAUGUCUUCAUUAGCCACCCUCAAGAAGAGACACAAGAGAUGUUGGAAGAGGCAAAGCAAAACUUGCAGGAAGAAAUUGAAGCACUGGAGUCACGAGUGGCAUCUAUCCAGAGAGUAUUAUCAGAUCUUAAAGUCCAACUUUAUGCGAAGUUUGGCAACAACAUAAAUCUUGAGGCAGAUGAUAAUUAAACAUUCUAGAACACUUGUUUUUUGUACUAAUCAUUGUCCCAAAGUACUGUUUUUGAGAAUUUACAUCUAAUUAAUUGUUUUUCUUAAAAAUAUACGUUAUCUGUUUAUUUCCUUUAUUUAAUGGAAGAAUUCUUAUUUUGCAUACCUGUAUUUAUAUGUCUUAAGUGAACAAAUUGAUGUUAACUAAUGUAUCAGUACACAAGGGGAUGCUUUAUUCAAAUAUAAUAAAUAUCAAACCAA